GUCCUGCUGGGCGUGCUAAUCCCAAACCCAUCUACUUACCUCGUCUCUGUUCCCUUUCUACCUUUACUGAGAUUUGUGCUCUAUCUCGCGCUAUGUCUGAUAAAGUGCGCUCCACGAAGCUGAAGUUUAAGGGCGAGAAGACGAAGAAGAAGCGCAAGCACGAGGAUGACGGAGACGAGGGCCCCAGUAGAAGGCGGCGCAAGGAGGAGGACAACGAGGCAUCGGAGACGUGGGUCUUGCCUGAAGAAGCUCACGAGAUCCGCGGACCCACCUUCAUCAUGCACCCAUCCGACCCUUCCCCAAUAUGCAUCACUUACGAUUCCACCCGCGGCCGCAUCGUCCUGCAGUCCGUUGACAAGGACAAGACGGAGGACUCUCCUUCUCCAUCCAUUGUGGAGCGGACGCCGACAGACGUCUCUCAAGUCUGGGUCGUCACCAGGGUUGCCGGUUCUCCCACCAUCAACAUCCGCACUGGUGUAGGCGAAGGCAAGUUCGUGUCUUGCGACAAGCAUGGGCUUGUAUCUGCAGAUCGAGAAGCGCGCGGCCCUCAAGAGGAGUGGACACCCGUGGUGUUUCCGGACGGAAUGGUCGCAUUUCAGAACAUAUACGAGAAGUAUCUCAGCGUAGACGAAGUUGCGGGCGGGCAACUUGCGUUGCGUGGUGAUUCUGAGGAGGUGGGAUUUGGUGAGCGUUUCUGGGUCAAGAUUCAGAACAAGUACAAAAAGGAGGCGCAUGCGGAGGAAAGGAAACGCAAAGAUGGGCUGAUAGACAUGUCCGCCGUGGACGAGGCGAGCACAAAUAAGAUAUACCAGGCGUGGGGCGCCGGGAAGUCUAUCGUAUCAGUGGAAGAUAAGAAAGAGCUCAAGCGUGCCAAGAAGGAGGGUCGGCUGGCUGAAGCCCUGCUCGAUCGGCGCGCCAAGCUCAAGAGCGACCGUUUCUGCUAGUUCACC